GUUUCAUUCACUGAUUAUUUGUUAAGAGCUUGUUAAGGCAAAUUAAGAUCAUCUUCAUAAUUCUUCUGAGAUCUUUUCCAAUUUUCUAGAAAAAACAUGUCUUGCUGUGGUGGAAGCUGUGGUUGCGGAUCUGGCUGCAAGUGCGGCAAUGGUUGCGGAGGUUGCAAAAUGUACCCUGACUUGGAGAACACCGCCACCGAGACACUUGUCCUCGGCGUUGCUCCGGCGAUGAACUCUCAGUACGAGGCUUCCGGUGAGACUUUCGUGGCCGAGAAUGAUGCUUGCAAGUGCGGAUCUGACUGCAAGUGCAACCCUUGCACCUGCAAAUGAAGAACUCCAUAAACCCUAAGUCUGUAAUAACCCUAAUGUUACGUUAGGUUUGCUUAUAUGUAAUAAUUGGCUGAUUUUGCC